UGUCACGGGUAACAUCAGUGGUGUUUCAAACCUGACAACAGACAACACUGAACUACACAAGUUGAUACUCAGCAAACACGUCAACAACAACAAAAUUGGUCCGAAGCGUCAACUACACAUAGUGUACAGCUGGUGGCGAUCGUGUUCAACUGAAGAGGAAAUGGACUUUUUCACAUGAAGACGAAGAAGAGUCCUCCUCUGCCCUCUCUAUAACCGUUCUGGAAAAAUGGCGGCGUCCGUGUGCCGAGUCGGGAGCACCGUGGGAAAAGCCCUCGCCAAAGCCCGCAGUCCCAUUCUGCUGUCUCUCAGGCGUGGGCAGGCCUCAGUCAGCUAUGCUCAGAGCCUGUUGGGAGCCCCUGAAACCCGCCUCACUGCCCUGGACAAUGGCUUGAGGAUCGCCUCCGAGGAGACUGGACAUGCCACCUGCACUGUUGGUCUGUGGAUCGGCUCUGGCAGUCGCUAUGAGAGUGAGAAGAACAACGGAGCUGGCUUCUUCCUGGAGCACAUGGCUUUCAAGGGGACGAAGAAAUACCCUCAGUCAGCCUUAGAGCAGCAGGUGGAGUCAAUCGGCGCUCACCUGAGUGCCUACACAUCUCGGGAGCACACUGCAUACUACAUGAAGACCCUGGCCAAAGACCUGCCCAUAGCUGUUGAGUUGCUCUCCGAGGUGGUGCAGAGCUGCUCGCUGAACGAGGCGGAGAUUGAGCAGCAGAGGGGCGUGAUUCUGCGUGAGCUGGAGGAAGUCGAGGGCAACCUGCAGGAUGUUUGCCUGGACUUGCUGCACGCCACGGCCUUCCAGGGAACUCCUCUGGGACACAGUGUGCUGGGACCGUCUGAAAAUGCAAGGACUCUGACCCGCCAUGACCUAGUUGAUUACAUCAACAGUCACUACAAGGCCCCCCGCAUGGUGCUGGCUGCUGCUGGAGGCGUGAACCAUGACGAGUUGGUCAGUUUAGCCAAAUCCCACUUCGGCGGAGUGUCUUUUGAGUACGAGGGAGAUGCCGUCCCUGUAUUAUCACCCUGUCGAUUUACAGGCAGUGAGAUCCGUAUGCGUGACGACAGUUUGCCUCUGGCACAUAUUGCCAUCGCUGUGGAGGGGGCCAAUGCUGCCAGUCCAGACGUCGUGCCUCUCAUGGUGGCCAACUCCAUCAUCGGCAGCUACGACCUCACCUUCGGUGGUGGAAAGCAUCUGAGUAGCCGUCUGGCUCGUCUGGCCGCCGAGGAGAACCUGUGUCACAGCUUCCAGGCCUUUCACUCCUCAUACAGUGACACCGGCCUACUGGGCAUUCACUUUGUCACUGAUAGACAUCACAUCGAGGACAUGUUGCACUGGUCCCAGAAUGCCUGGAUGAACCUGUGCACCACACUGACGGAGAGUGAUGUAGCCAGAGGAAAGAACGCCCUGAAGGCCAGCCUGGUCGGACAGCUCAAUGGAACAACACCAAUUUGUGAUGACAUCGGCAGACACAUCCUGAACUACGGGCGGCGUAUUCCUCUCGCCGAGUGGGACGCUCAGAUUGAUGCCGUGACCCCCAGGAUGGUUCGUGACAUCUGCUCUAAAUACAUCUACGACAAGUGUCCUGCUGUGGCAGCUGUCGGCCCAUGUGAGCAGCUGCCUGACUACAACAGAAUGCGCAGUGCCAUGUACUGGCUCAGAUUUUAAUGUGUCCUAGUGUUGCUGUGAACCGUAUCUCCUGUCAUUACUGCGAGAGUGUACACCUGAGGACUGACCACACCGCUUGACAACACAAGAAGCCAUCCAUCCUCUUUCUUCGAGACUCCCUCUGUCAUCCUGCCCACUCAUCACUCUUAGUUAGCUAUGAAGAUGGCAGCCAGCUUGCACAUGGUAGAAGUUGGUUACCUCUUGAUUUAAAUCAACUGGUACUCACUUAUGGAGGGAAGGGGAGAGAGGGUGGACUUGAAUAUAAUGUUAUCUACUGGACACAGUUCUACCGGUCAUGAGUACAGCUAAAAAUAUAUUUAUAAUUUCUGUAACAUUUGUUGCUGUCCUCUAUUGUACAUAACAGAAGCUCUCAUUCCAACAAAAAUAAAAUACUGUUAAAAAAAACUACAGUAAAUCAGAAACUUUGUUUCAUUCAUGUACAGUAGCAUGUUAUGUAUUGAAUCAAAUUUAUUGGCACUUCAUAGAAACAGAAGCAAAACGAGAAGAUGUGAGAUGUGUUUCAUAGCUGGAAGCUGUAGGCGAGUGAACUCGCAUAGUUUAUGCUAUUUUAAUAAUAAAAAAAAUAAUGUAGAAAUGGCCCUUUUAGGUUGCUUCUGACUCAUUACAUUUUCUGUACUUUGAUGCAUAAUCAAUCAUAAUAUAAUAAAGAAUUCUAUGUAUUUGUAGGCUUCUGACA